UCGAUCCAGCAAUGGCAUCGCUCUCGACUACGGCGAUGCGAGCGCCUAUGGUCCUGCCGCGAACAGCAGCGCAACUGCUUCUGCGCAGCGCUGUGGCCUCCUCUUCCUCUCCAGCCUCAUCGAUCCGCGCUAUCUCCUCAUCGGCGUCCAACAAGCGUGCCCUCCCUGUCGACCCCAGCGAGCUCCCUCCCGCUGGCCCUGGUCCCGCGUCAUCCCAGUCUUCGGCCUCAGCUCCUGUUACUCCUCGAGCACCCGAUGGCACCACCCGCCACGACUGGACUCGCAAGGAAGUCUCAGAGAUCUACAACUCUCCCCUCCUCGAGCUCGUCUUCCGAGCGGCUACGGUGCACAGGCUCGUUCACCCGAAGAACUCAGUCCAGCUCUGCACUCUCAUGAACAUCAAGGAGGGAGGCUGCUCCGAGGAUUGUGGGUACUGCUCUCAGUCGAGCAAGUACACGACCCCUUCCACUCCCUCUAAGCUCAGUGACGUGGACGAAGUUCUGGUCGAGGCGCGAAAGGCCAAGGCAAACGGGUCGACAAGGUUCUGUAUGGGGGCUGCUUGGAGAGAGGUAGGCGGUAGGAAGAGAGGAUUCAACAGGAUUCUGGAGAUGGUCAGCGAGAUCCGUGGGAUGGGGAUGGAGGUGUGCACCACGCUGGGCAUGCUCACCAAGGAGCAGGCAGCCGCUCUGAAGAAUGCGGGCUUGACGGCGUACAAUCACAACCUGGACACCAGUAGGGAGUACUAUGGUAAGGUCGUCACAUCCCGCUCGUACGACGACCGCCUGUCCACCAUCGAGAACGUUCGCCAAGCCGGCAUCUCCGUCUGCUCCGGCGGAAUCCUCGGACUGGGUGAAGAGCACGAGGACCGCGUAGGCCUCAUUUACGAGAUGUCUCGCCUCCCAGAGCACCCCGAGUCCUUCCCCGUCAACGCCCUUGUCGCUAUCCCUGGCACGCCCAUGGAGGGCAAUGAACCCGUUGACUUCCCCACUAUGCUCAGGACGGUCGCGACUGCUCGAUUGGUCCUGUGCAAGUCUAUCAUCCGUCUGGCGGCAGGGCGUCACCUGUUCAGCGAGGGGGAGCAGGCUAUGGCUUUCAUGGCGGGGGCGAACGCGAUCUUUACGGGUGAGAGGAUGUUGACCACGCCCACCAGCAGCUGGGAUCAGGACAAGGGCAUGCUGGAGAGGUGGGGGCUCCGACCUAUGGUCUCUUUCGAGGAUGAGAUCAUGGCUCCUCACGCUUCGAACGGGGCCCAGCCCACUCAGAAGGAGGCAGCGGCAAAGGAGGCCCAGGUCUAAGAGAGCAGACUCAUGUCGCG